AUGAAAAUUGCUGAAUCAAAAUCUACUAAACUUCCCCUGUAUUUCUGGUUUGAAGUCAUAACCCUUUGGGGUUUGAUGUCGAUUUUGAUAUGGCUAAUUUUGAGGCCAAAGCAUCCUGUUUACAAGGUUGUAGAUGUCUACAUCUCCCACUUAGAUGCCAGGAAUUCAACAUUUUAUGAUGGCCGCAACUUGACAUUCCAGCAUGGCUGGAAUUCAACAGUAAACCACAGCGGGAAGUACUCAACAUUUCAUAGGCGCUCAAACUCAUCGCAUCAAAACAUCUCUAUUAUUCUCGAGAUUGAAAUUUCAAAUCCCAACAAGAAGAUUGGCAUCUACCACGAUGAUAUCAAAGUAGCCUUACACCACAAUGAUAGCUUUAUAGGCAACAAUUCUAUUGCAGGUUUCCAUCAAGGUUACAGCAAGACUACAUUUUGCGAAGUGAAAGUGAAUGCUGACCAGCAGUCUUGGGAAGGGAUUAUGGAUAGGAGAGUAAAUUUGAAGAUUUGCUUAAAAAGUGGAGUUCAGUAUGUCUAUGAUAUAUUCAGAUACAGGACAAACCGUCAUCAACUGGAUACUGACGCAUACAUGUCCAUUGGUUCGGAUGGAGGGAAAUCAUCGGGAGAGAUGACACCACAUGGUCGAACCUGA